CAAGCGGUGCAUAAGACAUCUCACGUUUGCACUCAAGACUUUUGUUUCUUAAUUUUUGGAGAUAAUGUUGGCACAGAAAUCCCGUCUCCUCCAUCGGCUGUUAUCUUCGAGUGGACAUCGGCGGCCAGAUGCAGGCGGGGUCUGGCGAGUGCUGGGGGCAUUGUCACUUCCCCAGUGGCUGACCUGGAGCUUCCCACGGGCAACCUUGUGAAUUACGUCUUCAAGGACAUAGCCAAAUGGAACGACAGAAUCGCUACAGAGUGUGCGCUGACGGGGCGCCGGUACACCUACGCGCAGUUGCAAGACCGAAUAGCGCGUUGGUCUGGCAUGCUAAGGAAACUGGGCAUCAGCAAGGGGGACGUGGUAGCGAUGGCCCUGCCCAACUGCCCCGAGUACCCGAUCGUGUUCUUCGGCGCCCUCGCCCUCGGCGCCACCGUUACUACAAUCAACAUAACGUACACGGCUGAGGAGAUCGCCCGUCAGCUCGAGGACAGCGGCGCUCACGUCCUCGUCGGGGAGCCUUUCCUAACCCCGACCAUAGAUGCCGCACUCAGGCUGUACAAGAAGCCCACCCACUUCGUGACGAACGGCCCCUCCUCGUCACCCACGGCCAUCAACCUGUGGCAAGUGCUUGACGACCCCUCGGUGCCCUUCGUCGACCCCGUCGCACUAACAGGGAAAGAGUCAGCUGUCCUUCCCUACUCGAGCGGCACCACGGGGCCUCCCAAGGGCGUGCUCACCUCCCACAAUGGGUUCUCGUCCCACCUACCCACCGCUAUGCACCUUUUCUUCACCCUCGAAGAAGGCGAAAACCAGGACGUGUACAUGUGCAUCCUGCCGUUCUUCCACAUCUACGGCAUGGGGCCCAUUAUGACGUGUGGUCUUCACGUCGGCGCCAAGCUGCUCAUCUCGGCCAAAUUCGACCCCAAGACGUUUGUUAGAGAUAUUCACGACAAUCAGGUGACCGUCAUGCACUUAGUUCCGACGCUAUUAAACUUCCUGCUGAACUCCCCGACGGCGACACCCGAGGCCCUCAAGUCCCUUCGAAACAUCAUGUGCGGCGCCGCCCCCGUGCCUGCGUCCGCCGUGACCGCCCUCAAGGACAAGCUAGGAUCUUCUCUGCUGUUCCAGAUUGGCUACGGCAUGACGGAGGUGGCGGUGGCAAGCAAAGUGCCGGUGAAGGACGAGCGCCCUGGCACCAUCGGCCAGCUGCUGCCCAACGUGACUGCCAAGGUGGUGGACGUCGAAACGGGCGCUCUCCUGCCGCCCCUCGCCGACGGGGAGAUCUGCAUCAAGACCCCUUCGAUGAUGGCCGGCUACCACAACAACCCCGCCGCCACUGCAGAGACCAUUGACGCGGAGGGCUGGCUGCACACCGGCGACGUCGGACACUAUGACCACGACGGCUUCUUCAAGGUCGUUGACCGCACUAAAGAGCUCAUCAAGGUCAAAGGUCUGCAGGUGUCGCCUUCGGAGUUGGAAAACAUCCUUCUUCAGCAUCCUGACGUGGCGGACGCUGGUGUCCUUGGUGUGCCGCAUGACAGGAUGGGCGAAGCACCCAGGGCCUACAUCGUCACCAAGAAAUCUAUAAAAGAAGAGGACAUUAACAACUUCCUAGAGUCCAGAGUCGCGCCGCAUAAGAGACUGGUGGGCGGCGUCGUGUUCGUGAGUGAGCUUCCGAAAUCUGCGACUGGAAAGCUGUUAAGAAGAGAGCUUAAGAAACUCGUCUAAUAUCCAUAGAAUUAUGUAUCAAUACACGUGUAUAAUUGUAAAUAAAGCUGGGAGUACAGGCUCUCGGUUGAAAUAUCACGUAAUUGGUCUCAAAACGAUGGUUGGAUUAAAAGUGAGAGUGGUAGUGAAUUAUAAAUAAAUACGGAAAAUAAU